UGUUGCCCUCGUUGGUGUGCUUUUUCAUAGGCUCUUUUUCAAUGGUCGAGACUACAGACGGACUCGCAUCCGUGGUCAUUGUAUAGCAGUUGCAAUCAAUCGAUCGUAUCCCGUCGAGGUGCAGUCCCUGCCGAGCGGGCCAGUGUCAAAAGCGCUCGCCAGUGAAUACCUUCGAUUAGUAAUGGCGAAUCGCAGUGCCCUUUGACAAGUGCUCCUAGUGAUUGCCAUCGCCACAAAAUUAAAUACCCAUCGCUCCAGCGCGAGCUUGCUUCUUGCCCAUUUCGCUCGGUUUUGUUGCGAGGUGCAUUAUUGCAUUGUGAUACAUUCAACAAAAUCAAAUGAUGUGAAUUUGUUUGCCCUUCCUUGUGGGUGUGUGCGUGUGUGUGCGUGCGUAAAUGUGUGUAUGUGUGUGCGUGUGUGAGUUUUACGGUUUCAUAUGAAGCGAAAAUUGGGCGAGAAAGUUCAGAAAAGCGCCGCGUUUAAAUGCCUGCUUUGAUCAAUAUCUGUUAACCAAUGGUUAGCUAAAUUCGAGGCACCAGCGAGGUCACACUGUGAAAAGUGAUAGUUUUGAAAAGUGAAGUUUUGUAAAGAAUUGAGAAGAAACAAGCACACACCCACCAUUACGGCCGCGACAGCAACGGUUGUAUUGCCGUUUACCAUCUUUUUAUUUCGACUGAAGUCUUCUGGGCAAUGCUAUUGUGCGUGAAGAGAGGUUUUGCAUUGGUUGCUGGAAAAAAUAGGUAAAAAAAAGAUUGAAGCUAGUAGAAGAAAAAAACAACCUUUCCGAAACAGAUCCAUCAGUGAGGUACGAGUGAAACGUGAGGUACGCAAAGGGCAAUAAAUAAAGCGGAUAUCGCUUGGCAUUGUCUCGAGAGUGCCGAGAGCUACACGGGGUUCACCUGCACCGCAUCCGGAGAACUGGGAAAAGGGAAAACAAUAGAAAGCGGAUUCUAGCGAUUGCCGACCGAGCUGGAAAAGAAGGCAGGCAGGAUGUCGUCAAAAAACAUACCAGCUGAUAAGAUCCGCACGGUAUACAUCUAUGGACAACCGAUCAUCUCGCUGUUUGUGGAGAACCAGGAGCGGCUCUGUCUGGCACAAAUUUCCAGCACGCUGCUGAAAGACUUUAGUUACAACGAAAUCCACAAUCGCCGCGUUGCACUCGGUAUCACCUGCAUCCAAUGUACACCAGUGCAGCUGGAGAUCCUACGACGGGCCGGGGCAAUGCCGGCCUCCUCCCGGCGCUGCGGCAUGAUCACACGGCGUGAGGCGGAGCGUUUGUGCAAGUCGUUUUUUGGCGAAUGCUCGCAACCGGCACUACCAGAAGGGUUCGCCUUCAGUGUGUACCACGAGUGUGCCUGGGGUUGCACGGGAUCGUUCUCGCCAGCGCGCUACAACUCGUCGCGUGCCAAAUGCAUCAAGUGUGCGUACUGCAGCCUGUUCUUCUCGCCGAACAAGUUCAUCUUCCAUUCGCACCGGCUGAGCCCGCACGACAAGUACGUGCAGCCUGACGCAGCCAACUUCAACUCCUGGCGGCGCCAUCUGAAGCUGCAGGGCAGUCCGCCAGAGAAGAUCAUUCACGCCUGGGAAGACGUAAAGGCCAUGUUCAAUGGAGGCACCCGCAAGCGGUACAUCCUCUCGACCGCGCGAAAGUACGCCGGUGGCUCAACGCCGGCAUCAUCUGCCGCGCAAUCUUCGGCCGUUUCUAGCAGCGGCAGUGGUUCGGGCGGUUCGGCCGGAGGAGGAGGCUCCGUCACAGUAACAUCCCGCCCGUCACCAUCGUCGUCGCUGGAGAAACCAACGCCGCUAGUGGUGAUGCCAACGCCGACGCACGCCGAACCACGUCAAAUUCUGCCCGUACUCGGCAGUGGCAUUGUCGUACCGAAAAAGGAAUACUCGGACCUGCAGCCGAUCGAUGCGACCUACAAUAGUGACAGCUGCAGCAACAGCACGAGUCCGUUUGCUCACAUUCCGCAUCUGCUCUCGAGUAACAGCUCGAGUGUGUCCGCACCGUCGGCUGGAGGUAUGCGCGCCAAUGCGACAGUACCACCGGUGCCAGCAGCCCCAGGUGGUGGUGGUACUCCGGGAAGCAUCGCGUCUCCCGUAGCGACCCCGGUAAUGGUUGUUCCGGCCACCGUACCAACACCAUCCAGCUGUAGCCCAUCGGCAACGGUUGUAUCAACAGCGGCGGCGGCCGCGGCGGCUGCUGCUGCUGCAGCGGCGAUGGUAUCAAAUCAUGCAGCGGCCACCUCCACCGUGGUGACCAGUUCGGCAGCGGUUGCUGCAGCCAACUUCGGAUUCAAGCUGUCCUGUCUGCAACCGUUCGCUUUUAACGGCAUCGGUCACUUUCCGGCAAUGGUGCCGAGUACGGCCGGAUACCUGGUGCCGCUGUUGCGUCCCACCAACCCGAAAAGCAUUUCGGCAGCCGCUAUGUCCGCAUUUAAGCCCGUGGUAAGGGCGCGAAAAAGGUAUGGAAUUGGCACCUCAGCCCUGGUGAGGUGGAGUGGACCAGAUCAGCAAGGAUCUUUGGGGAAAUGUUUGUUAAAUCUGCUACUAGGCAGCUUAAUUGUGCUAUUGCACCACGAUUGUUGUCACCCUGUCACACUUGUCACACUUGUCACGAACGUUAUUUCAACCGAUCAAUUUUCACAGAGAAGUACAGAAGAGUUAUCCAGGCAGAUAAAUCUGCGACUAAUACUCGUCAGUGGCAAGACGAAAGAAUUCCUCUUCAGUCAGACGGACUCAGCCGGCGACAUAGCACUCACAGUAUUCGAAAAUUGGCCCGAUGAUUGGGAAGCGGAAGCGGUAGCCAAGGCCGAAAUCUUAAGACUAAUAUACCAGGGACGCUUUCUACACUGCAACGUAACGUUAGGGGCGCUGGGGCUACCAUUAGGCAAAACAACCGUGAUGCACUUGGUACCGCGUGAUAAUUUACCCGAGCCAAACUCACAGGACCAGCGACAAAAGAGCAAAGGCGGUUCCAGUAGAUGUUGUUCCACGAGUUGUUGUAUACUGUAACCACCAUCACGACGACGAAGAGAUGACACAGGUGCUGCUCCGGAACGGCCAUGGCUGGUGUGUAUUAUGACUGCGGGACGUGCCGGCGGACCAUAUGCAGCUACAUAGAGGGGCGGAGAGCGAGAGAGAGAGCAAGUGAACGUUGAAUCAUCGAUUGGAGGCGAUUGAUCUGAUAUGUUGUGUACAUUGUGUCAUGUUGACCGUUGACAACAGUUCGGCAUGUUGCGGGUGCACCACACGCGCCCAGUGCGAUUGGAAGCGAGGAACCAAUAACGACACCGAGAGAAUGGCACCGAAUAGCAAAGUGUUGUUGUUAUUUGGUUGUUCGUAUUUCCCGUAGGAUUAGCGCGAAAUCCGUUAGCGCGUGUGCGACGCAACGGUGGGGUCUAUAUUCUAUGCAUGUUUUUCAUCUCCUAUGGAGUGUCUGUGUGCUGAUAGUAGUGGAUGCGGGUGCGUAGUUUGUUUUAGUAUUGACACAAUUCCUGGUGCACAGAUAGAGGAAUAGCCCCCGCCAGCAACACCCAGUUUCCAAAGUUCAAGCGUCAUUAGUGUUCCAGUCGGCUUCAAAAGCUUUGCAAAGAUUCGUCGUUCACAAAACCACUCGAGCAGACACGCAAACGCGACGUCAUGUAGCCCCGAGAGUAGCGCCGUUGUGUUGUGGCGCUUUUGUAUUAUUAGGAAGCAGCGAAUUUCGGUAAAUGUUAUUAUUAGAGAGAUAGAGAGAGAGGGAUAGAGUGUGGGGAAUAAUAGUGUAUUAGCAAUCGAGAUAUGAUUAGUGUUAUGUUUUUUUUAUUGAUGAAUAAUCAAUCCAUCGAUCCGGUUUAAUUAUGCUUUCUGGUUUUACUCCUUUGUUUCCAAUGACUGCCUUAUUUGAUCGUGGUUUACUUCCUGAUGCCCACACCCACAUGGAUUGAUCCGAACGACGGUUAUCCAAAAUAUGGUACAGUUUUAAGGGGAAAUAUUAGAUAGAAGGGAGAACAUAGUAUCGUGCAGGAAACAUGAUGCACAUCUGCAACGAGUAUAUAAAAAAUCUCAUUUGACUGACCAAAUUAAAAACGUGUCCGUAAGAUGUAUGACAACUACGCACUACCGCUGACCCGAGCACGAAGUGAACGCAAACGCCUUGCGUCACGAAGGUUCAUGAGUGAACACAAACGCUAACACCGAGCAAUAGAUGGCGCUGUACGGAUGGUGAUAUUUUGUAUUUCGCUCGAGGUGAACGCGCACGGUGAACAGUUUGAGAGAAAAUACGUACCAGUCCAUUUAUUGCCACAAUUCUACACAAACACACACACAUAUCGUUCGCUGUUAUUGUUUCUAUUCCAAACGUGCGGGAGUGUAGCGUUUUUCGGUACCAGUUUUAGCUCUUGUUUUCUUAUCACGAAGGAGAAGUUUUCAUUUCACUGAACUAACGAUACACGCGUGUGUUGUGUCCGAUUUGCUACCAUUUGAGAAAUUCCGCCGAAUAGAAAAGAGUUUCAGAAUGAGAUAAAGGUUAGAGCCAGAUAUAUAAUAUUAUUGUUUUUUUUUUUGUUAUCGUAGCGAAGAAAAUAAUUGUUUGAAAUCACAUGACAGCAGCUGAGUGAGAGUUAUUCGUUUGAAAAGGGCGGACAAAUGGAAGACACAUAAUGCAGAAACUGAAGAGCAAGUCGAUAGUGAAUGGAAUACGGCAAAAGCAAAUGUGGUUGUAGUUAUUAAAAGUAAAUACAAAAGUAUAUAUAUAAAUAAAAUGAAACCUAUAGAUGGUGGUAUAAAUAUUACUUUACAAAAGAGCUACAAAAAUACUAUACCCUAGAGGAAGCAGCCGGACGACGGAAUGUGUGUAAGGCACGGGUUGGAAGCGAUAGACAGUUACGUUGCAAGCAGCAAAGGUAGAUAAAACAGAAACGAAUCGGUGUACACGGUGCGGUGGCCGAACGGUACCGCUAAGAAUUGGAAUCAAAUGACUAACUUAGGCAAAAAGAAAUUAUUAUACUUUGUUCUCUUCUGUUUAGGUUAGUUUAAGCAAAUGUAUUUGAAAAUGAAUCCUUAACCGGAAGAGAGGGGAGUCACGAGAAGGUAAACUACCAGCGAAUAGAGAGAAUGUGAGGUGCGUGUGUGUUUGUACUGUUUCGGUAGAUUGUAAGAAUGGUAGAAGGAAUGGAGGAGGAAGAAAGUAUAGAUAUAUACGUAUAUGUAUAUGUUUCGUGAACAUAGCAGUUUGAAGAGUAAACAUGCAACCUGUUGUGCUAUUAUUGCAAAAACUUACCACUAACUAAAACUCAUACUAAACACAAACAAAUCUUUGCCAGUUUGAGCGUAUUCAGGUUUACCAAAAGCGUCAACGGACGAUUUAAACUUCUAUACUUUCAACUUCUCGACAUAAUGAGCACAAUAUCAUCAUCUCAUACACAUCCAUGUCGUCCACCUCAAUAAAUUCCCCAGUAAGCCAAUAAGCAAUGCAAAACCAGACUAGAAGAGGCCAUUGCUGUACUACUAGUAGGGCUACAUGGAAUGCAACUCACUAGAAGAACCCGCAUCACCACUCUAGAAUGUGUAGGAAGGAGGCAACUGAUCGAAGUUAUCAACUGGUUACAGCAACCGGCCCACUCGUCUCUUCUUGGAGCGCGCUGGAGCGUUAGCAUUACGAUGGUGAAGCUCUACUGUUGCUGCUUCGAGCGAACCGAGUGUGUAUGUAAAUCAAAAUCUCACAAAUGUUUAUUGUUUGUUCAUCUGUGUCAGCUCCUCUAACCCAAAGCGAACGUUUGCUCUCCCCGCAUUUCCGGAAGAGCCACAUGUUGCUUUCCCUUCAACAACCAACAUCACCCGCGUUGUCACCACCCCACUGUUCAUACUCUACGAGUCCGCGUACGAUUGUUUCGAACAAAAUCAAGACUAAAAAACCCUCUCCCACUCGCCUAAAAUAUGUGAAAACAGUUGUAUGAUUUUAUUGAUCAUCGUUUAAGGUAGUAGUGUGCAGAAAGUAACAAAGGUGCAUACAAAGUAAUUAGUAAUCCAAACAUACAUGCUAUACAAGGAUGAACACAAAAGCAAACACUAAUCAAACAGAGGAAGAAAAACUAUGGAUGUAAAAUUUCGACGCAUGUACGAUGAUAUUGGCUUAGUACGGGAAAGGGAAGCGGGAAAACGAAACUGAUCGGGAUUAUUUUAUUACGUUAGAAGAUGAUCAAUUCGAACAUGGGCGGCAAAGGGACCUAUAGGAUGGGGAAAGAGAACGAAAACAAGAAUGCUCACGCGGGUGGAGUGGGGUAACGAGAAGAUAGGGUAACGUGUUGUGGUUGCGGAUGGAAAAUGAAGGGAGAAACAAAACAACAAAACAAAAACAAAACAAUUCAAAUCGUGAACGUGUAUUUCCUGCGUAAUAGAAGUGAUAAGAAAUAGUAGCAAAUUUAGUUCCGAUGUGACAGCGGAAGAAGAGAAGGGAAAAGUUAAGCGAACGUGAUGACGAUAAUAGUAGUGAAGGAACGAGUUGUACGUAAAGAGAAAGCUUGUAGAAAAGCAGAAACAGAACAUACACAACACACACACAGAGAGACGAAGAAGAGAGCAAAGGCGCAAGCAACGUUGCGAUCAGGCACGGAACAGCAACAGCUUGCCUGCGUCGAGUGCUUGUGCGUAUGUGUGCUGCGGAAAUCUGCCGGAAGGGGAGGCAGCAUGGAAAAGCAUAAUAAAAGCUGAAGAUGUAUUGUUAAAAUG